AUGAAGACCGUCUUCGCUCUGUCCGCUGUCAUCUCCAGCGCCUUCGCCGCUGCUGCCGCCGCCUCUUCCAGCGCCUCCCCCUUCGAGCUAGUCAUCAGCAACGCGCAGUCCCGCGCCACCGAGCUCAAGGGCCGCGCCCUCAUCAGCCAGGGCGACGCCUUCAUCCUGGCUCCUGCAGGUGAACAUGGGAUCAACUUCACCGGUGGAAACGGUUCUCUGGGCAUCCAGAACGGUGAUGUCGUCUACGUUGGCACCGACGGCCAUGUCGACCUCAAGAGCACCGACGGCAUCGCCGCCGGAGGUCUGACCCAGGGCUUCACCACGGGCAGCGACAAUGCCCUUGAAUGGGCCCAGGGUCAGUUCUUCGCCUGUCCUCACGUGUCUCUUCACUUUGCAGCUAGGGGAUAA